UGUCCUUGCUUUACGACUUCAUUCGUUGCCAUUUAGCUUGGGAGAUUACUAAAAAUGGUGCAGGUGCGAAUAAGUGAUGGUAUAGUAGAAGGAGAGGUGAUCAACAAUAAAUAUGGGGGAAAGAUCUAUAGCUUUAGAGGCAUUCCUUAUGCCCAACCACCACUAGGAGACCUGAGGUUCAAGGCACCUCAGCCAGUAAAACCUUGGAAUGGAGUGCGAGAUGCAAAGAAGUUAGGAAAUGAAUGUUAUCAAUAUAACUUACUUUCCAAAACAUUGAAUCAAGGAAGCGAGGAUUGCCUGUACAUUAAUGUUUUCUCACCAGACCUAAACCCCACAAAACCGCUGCCGGUCAUGGUUUGGAUCCAUGGCGGAGGUUUCACUUGUGGAAGUGGUUCCGAUGAAUCAUACGGACCAAAUUAUUUAAUAAGACAUGACGUUAUUCUUGUUACGUUUAACUAUAGACUCGAGAUUCUUGGCUUCCUUUGCUUAGACACCGAAGACGUACCCGGCAAUGCGGGCAUGAAGGAUCAGGUUGCUGCACUUAGAUGGGUCCAAAAGAAUAUCAGUAACUUUGGGGGUGAUCCUAAUAACGUUACGAUUUUCGGAGAAAGUGCCGGAGGGGGCAGCGUUUCUCUUCACCUUUUGUCGCCCAUGAGUAAAGGCUUAUUUAAAAGAGCCAUACCACAAAGCGGGCUCGCUAUCGCUCAUUGGGCUACAGGCUUUAUGGUCAAAGAAAGAUCGUUGCAAUUAGCUAGAGAAUUAGGAUGUAACUCAAAGGACGAAAAAGAAAUAUAUGAGUUUUUAAAGGCACUACCUUUUGAAGCACUCGUAAAAAAACACAUAACAGUGACGUAUGCCGAAACAAACAAAGAAAUUUUUAUUGUACCCUUCAGUAUUGUUGAAGAAAAACAAUUCGGAAACAACGAACGGUUCAUGGUCGGUGAGCCUAUCGAGAUAUUACUUAAUUAUGGCAUACAUGAGGGUGUGGAUGUUAUGGAAGGCUACACCGAAGAUGACGGAGUUUUAUUCCUAGGGUGCGAUAAAGAUGUUUAUAAAAUGAUAUCCCAGGCCAAUAAGUAUGCUGAAUUUUUGGUGCCAAAAACUAUGUCUAUAUAUUGUCCUCUAAUCGAUCAAAUGGAAGUUGGUAAAAUGAUAAAACAAUACUAUUUUAAAGACGAGGAUGUAUCUAUGCACAAUUUGCACUUACUGGGUGUCGAAAAUUUUGUAUUGCGCGAUAGGACUUUAGUCAGUCACGCGGAUGAACUUCCUUAUAUUUUUCCUUUAAAACUGUUAACAGAUAUGAAUCCCAAAAUCGAAAUAAAUGCCAGAGUUUUGAAAAUGAUUGAUCAAGUUACAAAACUUUGGACAAAUUUUGCAAAAUACGGUAACCCAACUCCGGAUGAGAGUCUUGGUGUUAAAUGGAAGCCGUACACUUUGGAAGCACAAGAUUUUUUGGACAUAGGUGAAAAUUUGGUGGCUGGUACCAGACCGGACAAAGAUGAAUUGGAAUUCUGGGAACAGAUUUACAAAAAGUAUUGUCCAAAAUUACUAAAAAUGGUGCAGGUGCGAAUAAGUGAUGGUAUAUUAGAAGGUGAGGUGACCGAUAAUAAAAAUGGGGGAAAGAUCUAUAGCUUUAAAGGCAUUCCUUAUGCCCAACCACCACUAGGAGACCUGAGGUUCAAGGCACCUCAGCCAGUAAAACCUUGGAAUGGAGUGCGAGAUGCAAAGAAGUUAGGAAGUGAAUGUUAUCAAUAUAACAUAUUUUCCAAAACAUUGAAUCAAGGAAGCGAGGAUUGCCUGUACAUUAAUGUUUUCUCACCAAACCUAAAACCCACAAAACCGCUGCCGGUCAUGGUUUGUAUCCAUGGCGGAGGUUUCAUUUUUGGAAGUGGUUCCGAUGAAUAUUACGGACCAAAUUAUUUAAUAAGACACGACGUUAUCCUUGUCACGUUUAACUAUAGACUCGAGAUUCUUGGCUUCCUUUGCUUAGACACCGAAGACGUACCCGGAAAUGCGGGCAUGAAGGAUCAGGUUGCUGCACUUAGAUGGGUCCAAAAGAAUAUCAGUAACUUUGGGGGUGAUCCUAAUAACGUUACGAUUUUCGGAGAAAGUGCCGGAGGGGGCAGCGUUUCUCUUCACCUUUUGUCGCCCAUGAGUAAAGGCUUAUUUAAAAGAGCCAUACCACAAAGCGGGCUCGCUAUCGCUCAUUGGGCUACAGGCUUUAUGGUCAAAGAAAGAGCGUUGCAAUUAGCUAGAGAAUUAGGAUGUAAUUCAAAGGACGAAAAAGAAAUAUAUGAGUUUUUCAAGGCACUACCUUUUGAAGCACUCGUAAACAAACACAUUACAGUGACGUAUGCGGAAACCAACAAAGAAAUUUUUAUAAUACCCUUCAGUAUUGUUGUAGAAAAGCAAUUCGGAAAUAACGAACGGUUCAUGGUCGGUGAGCCUAUCGAGGUAUUACGUAAUUACGGCAUACAUGAAGGUGUGGAUGUUAUGGAAGGCUACACCGAAGAUGACGGAGUUUUAUUCCUAGGGUGCGAUAAAGAUGUCUAUAAAAUGAUAUCCCAGGCCAAUAAGUAUGCCGAAUUUUUGGUGCCGAAAACUAUGUCUAUAUAUUGUCCUCUAAUCGAUCAAAUGGAAGUUGGUAAAAUGAUAAAACAAUUCUAUUUCAAAGACGAGGAUGUAUCUAUGGAUAAUUUGUAUAAUUUGCAAAAGUAUCUCGGUACCGAAUCUUUUAAGUAUCCAACGAUUUUAUUCCAAAAGAUUUGUGCAAAAAGGGGGAGAAACAAUGUUUUUCUAUAUACAUUUACCUGCAAGUCUGAAUUGAAUGUUUUCAGACAUAUAUUGGGUGUCGAAGAUUUUGUAUUGCGUGAUAAGACUUUAGUCAGUCACGGGGAUGACCUUCCUUAUAUUUUUCCUUUAAAACUGGUAACAGAUAUGAAUCCCAAAAUCGAAAUAAACGCCAGAGUUUUGAAAAUGAUUGAUCAAGUUACAAAACUUUGGACAAAUUUUGCAAAAUACGGUAACCCAACUCCGGAUGAGAGUCUUGGUGUUAAAUGGAAGCCGUACACUUUGGAAGGACAAGAUUUUUUGGACAUAGGUGAAAAUUUGGUGGCUGGUACCAGACCGGACAAAGAUGAAUUGGAAUUCUGGGAACAGAUUUACACAAAGUAUUGUCCGAAGUAUGCUCCAUGA